CUUCAUGAUGGCCCAUGGCCCAUGGCCCUCAAUCUCUACCCCUGUUCGUCCAUACUUUCUCCUUCCGACUGGCGCCGCGCUUGAUCGUGGUCCAGAACCGGGCGAGUAACGACAACCACUAUGCAAGUCUGGUCUGUCUUGGGCGUCGCAGGCCUGGCUUUGGCCCAGAGCUGUGCUGCUGCCUUCCCCUCCUCCUCCUCUUCUUCAUCAGUUCUAUCUCCAACCUCAUCUACCACCGCUGUGAUCGUUGCCACCGACGCCUCUGGCCAGUUCACCGCCAUUGGAGAUGCUAUUUCCUAUGCUCAGUCGAAGGGCAUCCCCACUGUGACCGUCAAAGCCGGCACCUACACUCAAGCCGUGACCGUCUCGGCCACUGCCACCGUCGUCGUCAUCGGCGAAGCAUCCAGCCAACAAGAUUAUAGCCAAAACCAGGUCACCAUCUCGGCCACUAGCCCUCUGACCAUCUCGUCCAACGUCCUCGGUAUUACUUUCCGCAAUAUCAACUUUGUCAACACGGCUACGGGCAGCUAUGCAGCGGCCACCAUUCGCGGCUCCAAAAAUGCAUUCUACGGCUGCCAAUUCGUCUCAGCUGGGAGUCUUGGUAUCAAUGCCAACCUGGGUCUUGCCAUCAUUGCCGACAGUUACAUCGAAGCCCUGGACAAGAUCAUCUAUGGGUACCCCGGCUUGUAUGUGUACAAUACCACGAUCGUACCCGUCGACAAUAGCGCCUUGAUCGUCUAUAACAGAGGCACUACAUAUAACUCGGUCCUCUACAACUCCACCGUUGUCUUCGAUUCCUGCUCGGUCCAGCAGAAGUCUGGCACCAGCACAAAGAACGUCUACCUUGGUGCCGCCAACAAUGGGUACGGCUCUGUGGUGGUCUAUCGGGACUCGACUCUAGGCAGCUUGAUCACAGCCACGGGUGCCUACACUGACAGCUACUCUACGGACCCUCGGAACUUCUACGCCAGCGCGUCGGUCGUAGCCUCGGCCACGAGUGCGGCACCCACGAGCACCUCGACGUUUGUGGUCUCGCAGAAUGCUACCACUGGACAGUAUCGCAAUGUCACCGCAGCUAUCGCUGCUCUACCCAGUGACGGCAAGGCUUACACCAUCUACAUCCUUGCAGGUACCUACACUGAGCAAAUCUCUAUCACGCGCUCUGGAAAGGUCACUCUGCGCGGAGAAACUUCGUUCGCGAAUGACUACACCCAGAAUCUGGUCACCAUUGAGUUCUCGAACGGAGAGCUCACCAGUGCCGGCAAAGAUGAGAGUACACCCGUCAUCAACGCGAAGAAGACCGACGGCACCGGCUUGGCCCUCUACAACAUCAACUUCCAGAACACCUAUCCUCAGACCAGCAAUACGGCUGCGCUGGCCGCUGAUUUUUACGGCACUAAUAUGGCGGCGUAUGGCUGUUCCUUCAUUGGCUUCCAAGACACCUUGCUCGCGAACAAGGGCACGCAGGUCUUCUCCAACUGUUACAUCGAAGGGUCUAUUGAUUACAUUUGGGGCUAUUCGACCGCCUACUUCCACCAAUGCUACAUCGCUACAAACACCCCGGGGGCGUGCAUUGCGGCGCAAAGUCGUUCUUCAUCAACCGCGUCUGGUGGUUACGUCUUCGAUACCUGCUAUGUCACCUACACCAGCACCUAUGGGUCGACUUACGGCAAGUCAUAUCUCGGUCGGCCAUACUCGGAGUACAGCAUUGCUGUCUACAUGAACUCAUACUUGGAUAAGCACAUCAACGCCGCUGGCUGGGAACAGUGGUCGACAAGUUCUCCCAACACCGCGUAUGUGACUUUCGGAGAAUACAACAACUCCGGUCCCGGAGCCUGGUCCUCGAGCCGUGUCUCUUUCGCUACCAACCUGACCGCCACCCAGGCAGCCUCGUAUAGCCUGUCGUCAUGGGUUGGCGAUACUACUUGGCUGGACAUGACUGCCUAUAACUAUGUGCCUUCAUACAGUCUGACGGGACCAUCAACCACGACCAGCACCAACACGUCGACAUCAACUGCUACUGCUACCUGGGCGCAUCCGACUAGUGGCACUGUGCCUCCCGCGGGCGCAGUGCUCGUCUCGCCUGACGGUGCUGUCAAUGGCUCGUACAGCAGUCUGACCGAUGCGCUGGCUUCUCUGCCUGAUGAUUCCUCCACUCAGAUCAUCUUCAUGUACGCCGGCUCGUACAACGAGCAAGUGCCGUCAGUGGACCGUGAUGGGCCAGUCAUGAUCAUCGGCUAUCAGUCUGGCAGUCCCGGUGCUACAUACACAAACAACCAAGUCACCAUUACCUACUCGCGGGGCUUGUCUGUCAGCCCGUUGCCGACGGGUCACUCGGAUGCUGAGACGGCUACUUUCGCCACCGCCAGCAACCAGAUUGCCUUGUAUAAUAUCAACAUUAUCAACACCGCCAAUCUGGAUGGCUCCCAGUCGUCUUACGUGACUCUUGCUGGUUCGAUCUAUGGCUCUGAAAUUGGCUUCUACGGCUGCAGCCUUGUUGGCUGGCAAGACACCUUGCUGACAGGCAGUACCACUGGCUACCAGUACUACGAAUCAUCCUACAUCGAGGGUGCCAUCGACUUCAUCUGGGGUUACUCCAAGGCCUACUUCAAGGGCUGCACUAUCGGUGCCAAGCGUCAGAAAUCUGCCAUUACUGCCCAGAGCCGUGCCUCAUCGACCGCCGUUGGUGGUUAUAUCUUUGACCAGUGUCUUUUCGAUGCCGCCAGCGAUGCGACAGUCGAUUUGACCGAGCUUGUCUACCUGGGUCGGCCUUACUCGGAAUAUGCGCUUGUGGUUGUGAAGAACUCUUAUCUCACGGAUAUCAUCAACCCCUCUGGCUGGAAGGUCUGGAGCACGACUGAUCCUCGCACCGACUAUGUCACGUUCGCUGAGUAUAACAACUCUGGCCCCGGCAAUUGGGAGAAUAAUGCUGCGUCGCGUGAGGCCUUCGAGUACUGUACGUUGUUGACCUCGGAUACUUACACGUUGGCCGAGGUCAUGGGGUCGACUGACUGGAUCGAUAUGACUUACUGGAAUACCAUUGUGACGCCCGAGCCUGCAUCCACAACUACAACUACCACUGGUUCAAACUCAACCACGGUCUAUGACGGAACCACUCCUCCGGCAGGGGCUUACAUUGUCUCGAAAACGGCUAUCGCCAACGUGACGACCUAUGAUACUAUCCAAAGUGCACUUAACGCUCUGCCCACUUCUAGCAAGGUCACACCCACCGUGUUUAUCUACCCUGGCACGUACGAGGAGCAGUUGGUGGUCAACCGUUCCGGUACUACGAUCUUUAUGGGAUAUUCGGACAACCAUCUCGAUUACUCGAGCAACCAGGUAACAAUCCAGUACAACCACGGUGUGGACACACAGGCCGACGAGUCCAACUCGGACAGCGCCACCGUAUAUGCUACGGGCAAUUACUUCCAGGCAGUCAACAUCAAUUUUGUGAACAAUUACGGGACCACCAAGAACUACGCCUCCCUCGGGUUUGCCGUGAAGUCGAGCAAGUACGCCUCGCUCUAUGGGUGUCAGGUGACGGGCAAUCAGGAUGCGCUGUUGAUCAACGGCUACUUCUUCGCCAGCAACAGCUACAUUGAGGGUAAUAUCGAUAUGAUUUGGGGUUCUGGAUCUGGUUACUUCCUCAACUCGACCAUCUCUCCUAACGAAGAUGGCAUCAACUUGACGGCCGACAAGCGCACUACCAGCACCACGGUUGGUGGCUUUGUCUUCGACCAGUGCACCAUUACCCCAGCUUCUGGAGCCGGCAGCAUGUCCGAGAUCUCGUUGGGUCGCCCCUGGAACAACUACGCUCGCGUGGCUUAUGUCGAAUCGUACCUUGAUUCCUGCGUUGAGGCGGCUGGUUGGGAGCAGUGGUCCUCGAGCAGUCCGCAGACGGACGGUGUUCUGUUCGGUGAAUACCAGAACUAUGGUCCUGGAUCGUCCACCGCCGAUCGGGCGUCGUUUGCAACGGUCCUGGAUGCCAGUACAGUUGCCCAGUUUGAGCUCACGAAUUUCUUUGCCUCGACAUCCUGGAUCAACUUCACUCUGGUUGAUGGCACUCCGUUCGUGCCGGGCAACUCCACUACCCUGCCAGUUACCAGCACCGGCGUGAUCCCCAGCACUUCCGUGCUGGUCACGGCGACUCCCACGGCGACUUUCACUACCCUUGUGACUGUCACUGAUAAGGAGACGGCGUUCACCACCCUUACCCCUGCUGAUCGGACUUCCACGGUCAAGGUGACAGUCACGCAGGACAUUGGCACUACCGUGACUCUGGCUGAGUCUUUCAAGACCACAGUCGAGAAGACCACCAUCUCCAGCACCACGACCAUCGUCGAGCCGACCGUAACGAGCAUCAAAUCGACGGUGAUCACCAGUUCGGAUAUCGAGACCAUCACGGCUCCUGCUAGCACCAAGACGACCACCGUCAAAGAUACCACGACGAUCACGGCUACCGUCACCGAGGGCGAUGUCACCACCACGGUCAAGAGCACGGUCACCGCCACCAGCACCAUCACCUCCACGACGACCAGCGUCAAGACCUCGACUCCUGGCACCGUCAAGGUCACCUCAUACACCACCGUCACCGAGGGCAGCGGCGGUACUACCACGAAGAGCACCAAGGCCACCACCACCACCGUGGACGUGACCUCCACCAAGACCACCACGAAGAGUCGCGCUCUGAUCCUGCCCCGGGCGGCGGUGAAUGCGGCCACUGUCACUCAGUACACCACCCUGACGACCUAUGUCAAGACUUCGACUGACGCGCUUGCCUCGCCCACGGUCUAUGUCACAUCCACAACGAUCAAGACUACCGGCAAGACCACGACGCUCAAGGCCUCCACUAGCACCAUCACCAAAACUGUCAAGGCCGUCACCGUCAUUUUGACCGAGAGCAGCACUAAGGCCACCGUGACCACGAUUAAGGAGACCGUCACUCUGGCGAUUCCUACCACUACGGUGCUGAAGACAACCACUGUCAGUCUUGAACCCUCGGUGACAGUCACACAGCGGGCGACCAGCACUCGCACGUCUACUAUCAGUCAGACGGUCACCGAGACAGAGACUGUGACCAAGACGUCGAAGAGCGCCAAGGCUUGCCCUACUGAUUGA